AUGGAAUUCCAUCUCUCGUUUUCAACCAUUGUAGCAACCAGCUUUUCUGUUAUUGUAGUACUUUUCCUUCUCCAUAACCUCAACAGGAAGAAGGCAAAUACAAGGAAAAACCAAAAACCACCACAAGCACAAGGUGCAUGGCCUAUCAUCGGACACCUGCACCUUUUAGGUGGUUCUCAGCUACCUCACUAUGUUUUAGGUGAUAUGGCAGACAGAUAUGGCCCUAUCUUCACAAUCAAGCUUUGGUGCUUUGCUACAUAUGGAGACUAUUGGCGACAAGCACGCAAGAUGAUCACGCUGGAGGUUCUUUCCCAACGACGAGUUGAAACGUUUGCACAUAUUCGAGCUUCAGAGGUUAGAGUAUCCAUCAAAGAUAUAUAUGAUCGUUGGGUUUUAAAUAAAAUGAGCGAAAAUUCAGAGAUGAUGAAGAUCGAGAUGAGUCAAUGGUUUGGUAACUUGGUUGUAAAUAUUAUUGUUAGGAUUAUUAGGGGGAAGAAGUUUUCUCCACAUGAUGAGGAACGGGUUCGAUUUCAGACUGUAGUAAAGAAAUUCAUUGAAUUAAUGGGAGCAUUUGUGGUUUCAGAUUUUAUCCCUUAUCUCAAGUGUUUUGAUAUGGGUGGAUACAUUAAAGAAAUGAAGAAGAUGGCGAUAGAUCUGGACAACAUCUUUGGGGGAUGGUUAAAAGAACAUAAAACAGUAAAGAGCUUUACCAAGGAACAUGAAAGCGACCAUGGUUUUAUAGAUGUGCUGAUUUCCAUUCUUCAAGGUGCUUCCAAAGAGGAAUUCCGGGAUUUUGACGAUGAUACGAUCAUUAAAUCCGCAUGUCAACAACUCCUGAUAGCAGGCUUGGACACUACAUCUGGGACGUUAACCUGGGCUUUGUCGUUGUUGCUAAACCACCCAAAAACAUUAGAAAUUGCGCAAGAUGAAAUUGAUGAGCAUGUUGGAAGAGACAGACUAGUGGAGGAGUCAGACUUGAAGAACUUAACCUACCUUGAUGCCAUCAUCAAAGAAACAUUGCGUUUGUACCCAGCUGCUCCUCUCUCGAUUCCUCAUGAGUCCAUUGAGGAUUGCAUUGUGGGUGGCUACAACAUCCCAAAAGGCACUCGUCUGGUGGUAAAUGUUUAUAAGAUGCAUCGUGAUCCAAAUAUUUGGUCAGAUCCCCUCGAGUUUAGGCCGGAGAGAUUCUUGACAAGUCAUAAGGAUAUUGAUUUCAGGGGAAAACAUUAUGAGUUACUACCUUUUGGUAGUGGUAGAAGAAUGUGCCCUGGUAUUCCCUUCGCUCUUCAGGCUGUUGGUUUAACACUAGCUAGUUUCAUUCAACAAUUUGUGCUAAAAAAUCCAUCAAAUGAACCUAUUGAUAUGAGUGAAACUUCGGGACUGACUAUCAGCAAGUCUACUCCACUUGAGGUCCUUUUGGCCCCUCGUUUAGCCUCGAAUAUGUAUUAGGUUGCUUCAUGCAAAUCGACUCCAACCGUUUUUUAGAGUGGCAAGAAAGUGAUAAUGUAAUAAAAUUAAACUUGAAUAAAGCAAGUCGUAACGAAUAAAGAAAUAUAUAAUACUAAAUUGUGUUGCGUCUAUUGGUGAGAAUUGAUUUACAGUAUGUUUCUGUUGUUAUUGAACGUACACAAAAAAUAUAAUCAUUAGAAUUAAAUUAAAAUCAAUAAUGA